UCGAUCGAUCUACUCCUCCAAUCUCAUUCCUCAUUUCAGCUCGAGCGCCAUGGAUCGCAACCAAGGGCUUGUCGUCUUUGUCUCCAUCGUGAUCAUGCUCAUGGGAAUUGCUUAUGCACAACCGUCCGGGUGCACCUCCGCGAUCAUUAGCCUCGCGCCUUGUCUCAAUUACAUAACCGGCAACACUUCCGCGCCUUCCUCUUCCUGUUGCUCGCAGCUGGCCAGCAUUGUCAAGUCCCAGCCGGCGUGCCUAUGCUCGGUGCUCAACGGUGGUGCCUCCUCGUUCGGUAUCACCGUCGACCGGACCCGGGCAUUGGCAAUGCCUGGUGCCUGCAAGGUCCAAACUCCACCAGUGAGCCAGUGCGACAAUGGGGCAAAGUCUCCGACUUCUUCUCCGGCGACUAGAGGGACACCGGAAGCCCCGGCUGAUCCUGCAUUGGAAACUCCUUCGACAAUAUCACCGCCGACGACAGGCAUUAACGGUGUAGAGGGUGGAUCAACCGCUACUCCGGCUACUCGGGCCACAGCCUCAGAUGCUGCCGAUGUUCGAUCACCUACAAUUUUGAUGCUGUCAAUCAUGUUCCUCGCCGCUUGCAUCUCCUUCACCAAACUCUAACUCUAAAGAGUUCUAUCGACUACCGCGAUGUCGAUUGUUGUUUACAUGUUUAUUUUGUCAAGCUUAUGGUUAAGUUUGUAUCGACUUUGUCUUCUUCUCUACGCUUUUGAUGGAAUUGUUAUGAGAUUUGUUGCAGUGAUUCAUUAUAUAUAUGAUUUGAAUGAGACAUUAUGUCUCUUUUAUAUGCUA